AUGAAAGCUUCGAUUGAACGGAUUGUGUGGGGGUUAUGUGGAGUUAGAACAGGCCGAAAGAAUAACAGUAGAAGCAGCAAGAAUGAGGGACUGGACACACCCGAGCAUAUUCUACAUCGUGAGCAAGUAGACGGUAAUACUGCGACAGAAUUAGAUCCGAUUUCCGGUAAUCGUUUCAGUAAUCAGCAGUCUGGAUUGACGCAAUUUGAUCGAAACCAGUCGCAGGGACUCGGCAACCCGGAUGACCUUGAAGAAAUAAUCGAAUACGAAAAGCGACAGCUGGAAUUGACUCCUGAGGACCAUCCGGAAUUAGCGAGCCGUCUUAUCUCACUUGGAACGUCUUACGAUGAUCGAUUUUCGAGCCUAGGUGAAAUGGAUGACUUGACAAAAUCAAUCGAAUACAAAUCUCGGGCAGUUGCAUUGACUCCAAAUGACGACCCAGCUUUGCCAUCCCGACUCCAGACUUUGGCUUUUUCUUAUAGUAGCCGCUUCAGUAGUCUGGGUAAACUGGACGACUUAGAAAGGUCAAUUAAAUACGAGUCUUGUGCUGUUGCGUUGACCCCUGAUGGCCACCCAGACUUACCAUCUUACCUCAACUCUUUGGGUGCGUCUUAUCAUCUUCGGUUCAUGCGCCUGGGCGAUCUGGAUAAUCUUGCGAAGUCCGUCGAGAUCUAUUCUCGUGCAGUCAUGUUGACACCUGACGGUCACCCGGAAUUGGCGCUUCGCCUUGCGAAUCUGGGUAUGUCAUAUGCUGCUCGGUCCAACCGUUUGGGCGAGCUGGACGAUCUAUCAAAGUCAAUUGAAUAUAUAUCUCGUGCAGUUGAAUUGACUCCAGAAGACCAUCCGGGCUUACCGUCCCACCUUGAUGCUCUGGGAGCGUCAUACGUCAAUCGAUUCAGUCGUAUGGGCAAUUUGAAGGAUCUUGCAGAGUCCAUCGAGAGCUACUCUCGCGCAGUUGAAUUAACACCUGAUGACCACCCGAGCUUGCCACUUCGCCUUACCCAUCUAGGAGCAUCGUACGCUAUCCGGUCUCGACGUUUGGGCGAACUGAGCGAUUUUUCGAAGUCGAUCGAAUAUACUUCUCGUGCAGUUACGUUAACUCCCGAGGACCAUCCAGACUUACCAUCCCACCUUGCAUCUCUCGGAGCAUCCUACACUGGUCGAUUCAAACGUAUGGGUGAUUUGAGCGACCUUGCAAAGUCCAUUGAAAGCUAUUCUCGUGCUGUUGCGUUAACGCCUGAUACCCAUCCAGCCUUACCAGGCCGCCUCAAAGCUCUAGGGGCAUCUUAUUGUGAUCGAUUUAUGCGUAUGGGGGAUAUAGACGAUCUCCGCAAAUCUAUCAAGUACUAUUCUCAGGCGAUUGCAUUGACCCCGGACGGACACCCGCAUUUACCGUUGUACCUGAAUUCUCUGGGCGCAUCCUACGAUGGCCAAUUCAAGCGCUUGGGUGAUCUGGGCGACCUUGCAAAGUCCAUCGAGAGCUAUUCUCGUGCAGUUAUGUUGACACCUGACGGCCACCCGGACUUGGCACCCCGUCUUGCGAAUCUGGGUAUAUCAUACGCCCUCCGGAGCAAACAUUUGGGUGAACUAGACGACCUAUCAAAGUCAAUUGAAUAUAUAUCUCGUGCAAUUGAAUUGACCCCUGACAAUCAUCCGGACUUUUCAUCUCGUUUUGUUGCUCUUGGAGUAUCAUACAGCAAUCGGUUUGGUCGUCUAGGCGAUUUGAACGACCUUGUAAAGUCCACCGAGAGCCACUCCCGUGCAGCCGAAUUGACUCCCAAUGAUCACCCAGACUUGCCCAACCGACUUGCCCAUCUAGGAGAAUUGUACAGUAGGCGAUUCAAUCGUCUGGGCGAUAUGGACGAUCUGACAAAGUCCAUCGAGAAUUAUUCUCGUGCAUUUACAUUGACUCCCAAGGAUCACCCAGACCUUUCGAUGCGCCUUGCUGCUUUAGGAGCAUCUUACUCUUUUCGGUUCAAUCGUUUAGGCGAACUAGGAGAUCUGACUAAAUCAAUCAAAUACAAGUCUCACGCGGUUGAGUUGACCCACAGCGAUCACCCGGAUUUUCCAAAGCGACUUGCCUCUCUGGCAGCGUCUUAUGAUGGUCGGUUCAGGUCUCUUGGUGACCUGAGUGACCUAGAAAUGUCAAUGAAAUACAAAUCUCAGGCACUUGCGUUGACACCGAAUUCACACCCGGAUUUACCAUUCCGCCUCGCUGCUCUAGGGUCGUCUUACACAACUCGAUUUAAUCGACUGAGCGAAUUUGAUGAUUUAACAAAGUCAAUUGAAUUGACGUCCCGUGCAGUCGCAUUGACGCCCGAUGAUCACCCAGCAUUGCCAAGCCACCUUGCGAGUUUAGGGUUGUCUCACAGUGAGCGGUUCAAGCGUCUGAGAGAAAUAGAUGACCUGGAGAAAUCAAUUGAAUACAAUUCCCGUGCAGUUUCGCUAACUCCUAGCGAACAUCCUGACUUGGCAGGGCGUCACCAUAUUUUGGCAUUUUCUUGUUUGUACCGCUAUCGGAACAAAAGGGAUCCUCAUGACCUUCAGAACUCGUUGUAUUCUUUACGUGCUGCCGCCCAGUUGCUGACCGCAGCUCCACGCAACAGGUUCAAGUACGCGCUUGGGUGGGUAAGCGUUGCCUCUGGAGAGAGCCCGCUUGAUUCUAUGGGGGCAUAUCACACCGCAAUCGACCUACUUCCUCAAUUUAUAUGGCUUGGUGCUACUACUAGUCAGCGCUAUCAGGAUCUGUUGACAACUGGGGACCUAGCGGUACAAGCCGCUUCAGCUGCAAUUGCCUCAUCUGCAUUUGAAACAGCGCUGGAGUGGCUUGAGCAUGCACGGUGUAUUGUCUGGAAUCAGAGCUUGAUGCUACGCUCUCCUCUUGACGAGCUCCAAUCCUCCUAUCCAGACCUCGCCACCCGCCUCUCGUCAACCGCCGCACAGCUUCACCAGGUAACAUCAGAGCCUUCAGAGCCUCCACCGCCCCCCACAGAUAUUGAGUCAGAUAUAUCAGGGCAUCGGAUUAAUCUAGCUAGGGAGUACAACUCCUUAUUAGCUAGUGUCCGUGAACUUCCUGGAUUUGAAGACCUUCUCCAACCAAUAAAGGCAAAGGCCUUGAUUCAAUCUGCACAUCAUGGGCCUGUUGUUGUCAUUAAUUGCUCGAAAGAUCGCUGCGAUGCUCUCCUGAUAUUACCAGGGCAGAACGAUAUCAAACAUGUCCCGCUCCCCGACUUCACCCAGGAGAAGGCUCGUCGUAUGCGUUCUGACAUAGAGGCUUCCAUCGAGAGCCGAGGUUCUCGGGAACGAAGACCCUUUUACCAAUGGGAGUCCGACGGAAAAGAUAGCAUGGAUAUAGCCCUAGCAGUUCUUUGGAGCAGCGUGGUCAAGCCCGUCCUAGACUUUCUUGGAUACACGAAUAAUAACAGCGCUGCCACACGCGAUCUCCCAUCCAUAAUAUGGUGCCCUGUUGGUGUGCUAUCCUUCUUGCCGUUGCACGCGGCAGGGGACUACGAUAAGCUAGGAUCGCGAGUUUUCGAUUAUGCUAUUUCUUCAUACACUCCUACGCUCGCCGCUCUCAUCAACUCAAAGGUCACUUUAUCAAGCCAUGCACCACGAGUGCUAGCGAUUGGUCAAGCAAGUACGCCAGGCCAUGCGCCGUUGCCUGGUACUAGUAAAGAACUUGCUUGCGUGAAAACACAUGCACAAAGUAAAGCUCAGUACACAGAGCUUGUAGAUGACCAGGCCACAACCGCGGCAGUACUCGAUGCGAUGGAGCAGCAUGACUGGGUUCAUCUUGCGUGUCACGCCCAUCAGAACGUCGCUGACGCCACCGAGAGUGGGUUCUUCCUUCACGACGGCACACUCGAUUUGGCCUCGAUAAACCGGCGGUCAUUCGGGAGGAAAGGCCUAGCAUUCCUCUCGGCUUGUCAGACAGCAACUGGAGAUGAGAAACUACCUGACGAGGCCAUACAUCUUGCAUCAGGGAUGUUAGUGGCUGGGUACCAGAGCGUGAUCGCCACGAUGUGGUCGGUGAUGGACAGCGAUGCACCAUUCGUGGCGGACAAAGUAUAUGCAGAGCUGAUGAAAUACGGAAUGAUAGGGAGUGGAGAGGCGGGGAGAGCGCUGCACAAUGCUGUUUCAUCAUUGCGUGAGGAUGUGGGAGAAAGGGAAUUUGGAAGAUGGGUACCAUAUAUUCACAUGGGCUCGUAA